AUGGAGAAAAGAGCUGGAGAGAUUAUAUGCAGGUUUCCUAUGUGAGAAGCAUUUAGCGCUUCAGUUCUAGUCCCACCAGUGGUGAAAAUGAGAAGACAACAAAUUGAAAGAAAGAUGUAAACUCAGCCUUCAAACAAUGCAAUCUCUCAGCAACCAUCAUGUUAAGUUUAGAAUACCUAAAACCAGCAAGAAGACUGGUAUUUCUGUAACAAAGAAGACUCAUACAUCUCAAAUUGAAAUUAUUCCAUGCAAGAUCUGUGGAGACAAAUCAUCAGGAAUCCAUUAUGGUGUCAUUACAUGUGAAGGCUGCAAGGGCUUUUUCAGGAGGAGUCAGCAAAGCAACGCUACCUACUCCUGUCCUCGUCAGAAGAACUGUCUGAUUGACCGAACCAGUAGAAACCGCUGCCAACACUGUCGAUUACAGAAAUGCCUUGCUGUGGGGAUGUCUCGAGAUGCUGUAAAGUUUGGUCGAAUGUCAAAAAAGCAGAGGGACAGCCUGUACGCGGAGGUGCAGAAACACCGAAUGCAGCAGCAGCAGCGAGACCAUCAGCAGCAACCAGGAGAGGCAGAACCACUAACACCAACAUACAAUAUCACCACCAAUGGGUUAACAGAGCUACACGAUGACCUCAGUAAUUACAUUGAUGGGCAUACCCCUGAAGGUAGCAAAGCAGACUCUGCAGUUAGCAGCUUCUACUUAGACAUACAGCCUUCUCCAGAUCAGUCGGGUCUUGAUAUUAAUGGAAUCAAACCAGAACCAAUAUGUGACUACACACCAGCAUCGGGCUUCUUCCCUUACUGUUCUUUUACAAAUGGGGAGACCUCUCCAACUGUGUCCAUGGCAGAAUUAGAACAUCUUGCACAGAAUAUUUCCAAGUCACACAUGGAGACUUGCCAGUACUUGAGAGAGGAGCUACAGCAGAUCACAUGGCAGACUUUUCUGCAGGAAGAAAUCGAGAACUAUCAGAACAAGCAAAGGGAGGUAAUGUGGCAGUUAUGCGCAGUCAAAAUAACAGAAGCUAUACAGUAUGUAGUGGAAUUUGCCAAACGCAUUGAUGGCUUUAUGGAACUGUGUCAAAACGAUCAAAUUGUGCUUUUAAAAGCAGGGUCUUUAGAGGUUGUGUUCAUCAGAAUGUGCCGUGCCUUUGACUCCCAGAACAACACAGUCUACUUUGAUGGCAAGUAUGCUAGCCCAGAGGUUUUCAAGUCCUUAGGUUGUGAAGACUUCAUUAGCUUUGUGUUUGAAUUUGGAAAAAGUUUAUGUUCUAUGCACUUGACAGAAGAUGAGAUAGCUUUGUUUUCUGCGUUUGUUCUAAUGUCGGCAGAUCGCUCAUGGCUUCAGGAGAAAGUGAAAAUAGAGAAACUCCAGCAGAAGAUCCAGCUAGCGCUUCAGCACGUCCUACAGAAGAACCACCGAGAAGAUGGGAUUCUAACAAAGUUAAUAUGCAAAGUGUCUACUUUAAGAGCACUGUGUGGACGACAUACAGAAAAGCUUAUGGCAUUUAAAGCAAUAUACCCAGACAUUGUACGACUUCAUUUUCCUCCACUUUACAAGGAGUUGUUCACUUCAGAAUUUGAGCCAGCGAUGCAAAUUGAUGGGUAAACGUAUCACCUAAGCACUUCUAGAAUGUCUGAAGUACAAACAUUAAAACAAAAGAAAGGAAAAGAAAAAAAAAAGAAAAAAAAAAAGAAAGAAAACCAAGACACUUUAUAUGGCCCUGCACAGACCUAGGGAGCCAACACACUGCACAUCUCUUGGCGGUCGGGGUCAGGCGAAGGAUGGGAAACAAUGAAACAAAGUUGAACUUGUUUUUCUCAUGCAUAUGAUUUCCAUUAUGCCUACAAAUAUGGACCCUUUUUCUGUCUCAGCUUCUCAAUCCUUGACCUCUGUUUACACAGACUGAGGGUACUAAUGUCAGAAGGUUGUUUUCUCUUGUAGUUCACUGCCCAGACUUUUGACAGAACAAUCAAUUUGUUGAUCAGAACAGAGAGUCCACCUAGUAAUCAGCGACUGGUGUGCAUUGCAGAGAUUUCAGCAUCAGUUUGCACAACUUGCUCAUUGUUUCAUGAAGGACAAUUUUUUUCACCUACCAGUUUGCCAGUAGACAGAAUGGCAUGAAAAGGGUCCAUAGCAAUAGCAACAAUAGCAUUAUAAUAUAUUACAGGGUAAAUGGGCAUGAAGACUAUAUAUAGCAAAAGAGAUAUUGUUUAUAUAUUGUUUUAAUUAAUAUAAAAUGUAGUUACUGGUAUAGCUUUUCUUGUUGAAUUGAUAAGGCACUUUCAUUUUGCACCUUUUUCUUUAAAUUAAAUGCUAGCGUGUUCAUUGUUGUGUUGCAUGUGCACCAGAAAUUCAAGUUUAACUGAAAAAGGUUUGGCAGGUACUGGUACAUUGGGAGGUAUUUAUGCUGCUGUUUUCCAUGUUACUUUUAAAGAGAGGCUGGUCAUAUCCCGAAAUGGUUACACAGAUUCUUUUAAAGAGUUGAAAAUAAUAACAAUUUUCUAAAUUAAAAUCAGCUUUUCAGCUGUUAAUUUCAAAGGUACUUUUAUUUUCAAAUCUUUCAAACCUGGAUGUUUAAAAUUACAUGCCUAAAUUCAGAUUUAGGUGCACAAGUCAGAAGCCUCCCUUUCAAAGGUGCUGAGUUUCCGUGAUCAAAGUUAAACUAAGGAAUUACAGAUCACUUACACACGAGUAACACAGCAUCCUUGAAAAUCGGGCUAUUGAAGAAAGUGUGUUUCUGCCCACCAUAAAUCCAGGUUUGAAGAUAGUUACUCAAGUCUGUAUCUACAGUAAAAGUAUGUGUGUAUGACAUGUAUGUGGAAAAGCAAUUUUUUAUACAUAAUAUUACAUACUUUUGUACUCCGUAUCGUAAACAAUGCCUUCAAACUCCAAAAUCUAGCCUGUCAACAUACUUCAGUGAGAUGAGACACAGACCCAUGUUCUUCCAGCAUCCAGCAGUUCAGUUUCAGGUAGCUGAACAGAGAAGUCCACUGCUCUUCUUAUGUAAAAAGAUGCACUAUAAAGUUUCUCAGAUGAGGACAGACUAACAAAGUAAAGGUACACUGUUGCUAGAAAACUUUGUUUUGUACUCUGUAUAAUGCCUGAAAAUCAUUAACAUCAUAAAUCUGCAUUCUGUAAUUCUGAAAGUGUGAUUCCCGUAUUGCUUAACCAACCAGUAAACCCAAUCUUGCAGUUUUUAUUAUUAUUAAUUACCAUUCCCUUUAGGAGGAAUACUGUGUCUGAGCAAAUUCGGCAAGUAAACCUAGUUCUGAAGGAAGCAGAUUCAGAAUAAAUGAUAUCACGAAAUAAACCGCGUCUGUUUGAGCCAGAGGAGCAUAACUAGUUUGGAUGAGAUGAGGACAUAUAACUGGAUGCCUUGUAGGCCUACACAAAUGAAGAUUCUGAUGAAGUACACACGAAAAAGCCAGGAACUUUAAAAAAGAAAAAGGAUGAGACACACUAUGCUCCACUGCUUUAAUUUCCAAGGAUAAACAAUCUCCUACAUACGUUACAGUUGUUGAGAAUUAACAGAAGUGAAUAAAAGCGCACUGUAGCCUAACUAUUUUAAAAAGGAGAAUUAGGUCAGUGGGUUACUACAAACAAAAUAGAGGUUUGUUCUAUGAUUUACACCUGUUUCCUUUGGGGUCAAAUGGAGACAUUUAGCUGUGACACCUAUUAGGAAUUUUAUAGUCUGCCACAUCAGGGAAGCUUACAGCCAUCACUCACCUCUGUGGCUUGACAGGAGCAUCAGAAAUUUCCCGUACAGAGCAGUGUGUCCCCAGAGAACAGCAGGGGAACGCCUGCACCUCCGUGAGCACCGGGAUGGAGACACGAGAGGGCUUUUGGAAAAAGUCCAGAGAGCUGUUCUUGUGCUGCUCCAUCCUGCCUGCUCCCGAGGAGGCGGCUCGCAGCCCAGCACCUGCCCUCUCCAGCCUCACUGAAAUCCUUUUCCUAGAGUCAUUGUUUACUUUAUUGGAGUAACUGGAAUGAUAUGGGACUUUCAUUCUAAUGUGUGUUCCUAUUUUUAAAACAACCCUUUUAACUAACAAACGUUUUCUGAAUGUGACCAGCCUUAGGUGCUAGUCCUGUAAAGAUCAACUAAACUUAAUUUCAGUGUCAACUAAUGAAUAAUGAAGUAAGACCUGUACUUUUUUAGAGAGCGAGAUACAACUCCUACUUCUGACAGUAAAUAGACUACCAGGCAAAAUAUUUUGGGAUUAACUUUCAGUCACAUCCUUUUCUUACCUUUUCCUGCUGAAUAUUACUAUUAUUAGUAAAUUAUUAGUAUUAUUAGUAAAGUAUUAGUACUUUACCAGGCAUCUAGGUGCAAAUGGUUUUGUUUAGUAUCUAGUUCAGCAUCUUUACACCCAUAAGUCAUUGACAACAGAGACUACUGGAGCAUUUACUAAUAAAAUAUAUAACCAUGAAAAGGUUCCAGACAGGGCCUUAGCUGAACGCCCUUUGCAUCUGAAAACAGCUUGGGAUGGGAUCUUCCAGGCCAGAAAGUGCUGCCCUUGUCCAUGGGAGCUCCCGUGUCCCAGCUGUGCAUACACAGCCCAAGGAACUCUGCUUCCCUGAUCACAACUAGCAGCCACUUGGCAAGAGAAUGUUAUUUUUGUUUGCUUUUCAUGGACAGGGGAACAAAAUGGGAUAUGGCAUGGCAGAUGUACUGAUAAAGCUGCUGCUGCCAAGGAGGCUUUUAUGAAAGGGGCCGCAGAGUAGUGUUGGGGUGGCUGGUCAGAGUGGGGGCCGUGUAAGAACCCACAGCAGCAGAGGAGAUGCAGUCUGCAGAACCACUGGGACUAUGGCCUGGGAUCAGAUCAACUGAGUAUUCAGUUAAAAAACCUAUUUGGGGUCAAUGGAUAUUCACAUGAGUAUUGUCAUAAUCUGCCCAGGUCAUUACAAACAAAAACAUGGGGAUAGCUGAAAAUAAAGGAAUAAUACAUUGUUUUUCAA